AUGCAUGGGCAGAAGGAGGGACCCAAACCCAUUGGAGUGCGCACAAACUUCCACUUCCAAUUUAUUACAACUCCCACCUCCGAUACUCCCGGGACGUCCCUGGUACUACACUUCAAUUCCAAGAGAUACAUAUUUGGGGAGAUUACGGAAGGCACUCAAAGAGCAUGCGUACAACGCGGGGUCGGGCUCCGGAAAGUACGAGGUCUGUUCCUCUCAGGAAAGACGCUCUGGAACAAUGGAGGACUCAUAGGCCUCAUUCUCUCAAUGGCAGAUGUACAGCAAUCCGAGAUCGAUGAAGACACGAACAGGCGUCCCAGGUUGCACAUACAUGCAGGCCCAAAGCAGCUACACUCUUUUGCAUGUGCACGGAGAUUUGUCUUCCGUACUGGGAUGCCGCUGUCAGUUCAUGAGGUCGAUGUCCGCAAGAGCAGUCCCCAUUUGAACCCGAUCCAUGAAGAUGAGCAUAUCCGGGUAUGGGCACUGCCCGUCGAGGACCGCUCUACCAUCCCCACGCCACAGGACAAUUCUGACGAUUCUGGCGUUGACGAAUUCCAACUAGAAAAAGAUCAGAAGUUACGAAACGAAGUCAUCAACAACAUGUUCGACUCUGAUUGGAGGCGUGAUCAUCUUGUUCAGGCUAAGCUCAAGGACAUCAGACUACCGGCAGUCGUGUGGGUGAGGGAUCCCGAGACGAAGACACUGAUCACUUACCCUGUUUUUGACAUGAGUAAAACCACCUUUACACCGGACACGGAAGUGCUGGUUCGCAGUCCCUGGCCUGCCUCGACUGUACAGGAGCUGCCACCAGCCACGGGCCUGCCGGAAACUGUUGCAAUGUCCUACAUUGUCAAAGGUCAUCCUCAGCGCGGCAAUUUUGAUGCUGCAAAGGCAAAAGCCCUGGGACUACGCCCCGGCCCAAAAUAUGCCAAGCUGGUAGCAGGAGAAACCGUUGAGAGUGACGAUGGCAAGGAAACCACAAUCACCCCGCAGAUGGUCUUGAGCCCAACUCGGCCUGGCAGGGGUUUUGCCUUGUUCGAUAUACCAUCGGCCGGCUAUCUUGAAGAAUUCGAACGACAACUAGAUAGUCGGGCUGACUGGCUUUUAGAAGGAGUCGAAACUGCUGUCUGGAUGACCAAAGGGAAGGUACUGCAAGCGGAAAGAUUUCAUCAACUGCUUCACAAGUUCAAAGACUUGAAGCAUAUCAUUUCGGAUCCUCAUCUGUGCAAUGAUUACAUCGCCUAUGAUUCUACCGCCAUGUCUUCUGCCCGAUUGUCCCAGAUCGCGCCAGGCCUUUUCUCCGUUCCUCGAUUCGACAAUUCGCGCGCCUAUCGCACAAUGAUCGAUAAAUCAAUGGUUGAGCUGGCCGACGUUUUCGAAAAGCUCCAAAUCGUGCCGGCGAAAAGAGGACUGAAAGUACAUGUCGAACCCAAUCUCGUCAUUGAUGAGGGUGAGGUCACACCUAACCUUGACCUUGACUCAUUUUCAACGCCCAUGGAACCAGCAGUGCAAGAAGUGUUGCCGGAUGAUGUGCCGGUGCACCAUGUUCCAAUUCCUGAAUUCAAGUCAGGCAUGGAUUUGGAUGAGCCGGAAAUUGUUACCUUAGGCACGGGUUCCGCAGCUCCGUCAAAAUAUCGCAAUGUCUCGUCCCUCCUUCUUCGCAUGCCCAAUGGGAUGGGGAACUACCUAUUUGACUGUGGUGAAGGUACUCUCGGUCAAUUGAAGAGGUUAUAUCACGCCGAACAACUGGACGACAUUUUGUGCAACCUCCGGGGGAUCUGGAUAUCGCAUCUUCACGCAGAUCAUCAUUUGGGCACCGUGUCUGUGCUGAAACAUGUAUUUCAAACCGUUCGAAGAUUGGCAGGUCCUGGGCACCACGGUCGCCGACCGCCUCCAUAUCUGUUUUCCGAGAUCAACAUGAUCGACUAUCUGGAUGACUACGAAUCUGUUAUGGGCAUACCAACGGAUCUGCUCUGCACCCCCAUUGCCUGUGACCCUCACAAAGGGCUAUUCCAUCGUAGGAGGCACUUCGAGAUACAAAGUGAUCUUUAUAUUCGCGAGCUACGUACCGUCAAGGUCAGUCAUUGUCAUGGUGCGCAAGCUGUCUCCGUCACCUUCAAAAAUGGGUUCAAAUUCUCCUACAGUGGCGACUGUCGUCCUAGCGAGGCUUUCUGCGAGAUUGGCGCCAAUUCGGACGUCCUGGUGCAUGAAGCCACCUUUGACGAUGGUAUGGAAGGCGAUGCUAUGGCUAAAAAGCACAGCACGACAGGCGAAGCUGUGGGUGUUGCAUUGGGUAUGGGCGCAAAAAAUCUCAUUCUCACCCAUUUCAGUCAACGUUAUCAGAAGAUACCAGUCUUCAGCAGUGUAAGAAUGCCAGAGCGCGUGUCUGAGGAAGACUUGCUUGAUGACGUUGAUGAUGAGAUGAUCAAUACAAAUGCAAAUGGCAACGAUGACUCUUCAGAGUCGGAGCAUCUCCCUGCACAAAACCUGGACUCUUCCGCGUGGAUCCAACCCGACUCAGCUGUGCGCGGCCUGAACAUCGCAGUAGCAUUCGACUUGAUGCACAUGCGUGUGUCGCAGAUCAAACACAUGAAAGAACUCUUCCCCGCAAUCUCUAAGAUGUUUGAGAUUGAGGAGGAGAAAAGAGAUCGGUUACGUAUGGAAGCAGCUGCGCAGCAGAAAGCAGACCUCGAGAGCAGGAAAUUAAAACGGCUACAAGCUAUGGAAGCGAAUAGGAAGAAGAUGGAUGCGGAAAACAAGCAGAGGCAGAUGGACAAGAACAGGGAGAAGAAGAACAGGAGGGCCAAGAAAAAGGAGGGGAAAGGAGAAACCGUGAAUAUGUCCCAGAAUCAGGGAGUGCCGGCGGGAACCCAAAAGAGAGACGGUGAUGGAGCAGCAGCCGACCACUCUGCUCUCCCAGUGAUCCUCGAUGCUUCCGGGGCGGAGCCCACAACGAACAACUACGUUGAAGUUGGUAAGAAACGCGACACAAAUACACGUGAGGGUGUAAAUGCUAAGCGUGCCCAGGCCGGUGACGGCAGUGAGUCGCAAAUAUUGGGCAUGCCAGCGCAAGACGGAGCCUCAGCAGACCCAAACCUCGCAGAGCAGAGGCUUGGUAAUGGUAAGGUCUUCAGCACUGGCAGUCAAAGUCCACUGAAGAGGCGCAAGACUGAAUAG